GGUGAAACGUAACCAAUAGUCUCUUACUUUUAUAAUGAAUAGAUCGGGUGCCCUUUUGUGUAGAUUAUAUAAAAAGAAAAUCGUCCGAAUUUUCAUUUAGUAGUUCAGUACACUUUGGUGGUAGUUUACAGCCUCCUCAGCUUGAAGAUGAUUAUUUUUGUGGCAAUUUGGAGUUUGGUAGCGGUAGCUACAGCGAGACCUGAAGCCGGAUACAGUUAUAGCGCUCCUAGUGGUCCUAGUGCUUCUGGAGGUGGAUAUCCUUCUGGACCAUCACCGCAAUACGGACCUCCACAAACCGCGCCCGUUGUACAAAAACACGUGUACGUUCACGUACCUCCACCGGAAACCGAUAUACCAGCUCCCAGGAAGCCAAUUACUGUAGCUCCGCCACAAAAACAUUACAAAAUCAUUUUCAUUAAGGCUCCAACACCACCGACUCCCACAGCACCGAUAAUUCCCGCUCAACCACAAAACGAAGAAAAAACUUUGGUCUACGUUUUGGUCAAAAAACCAGAACCCGAACCUGAAAUAGUCAUCCCGACACCAGCACCGACUCAACCCAGCAAACCUGAAGUAUACUUCAUCAGAUACAAGACCCAGAAGGAAGAAGGCGGUUAUCCUGCUAGCGGAACCCCAGAUACCUCCUAUGGAGCUCCAUCUGCUGGUCCUUCUAGCGAAUACGGCGCUCCAAGGACGUUCUAAUUCAAACUUAUUAACGAAGAAGAGCUGUAAAUUUGUAAAUAUAGUUAGUAGAUGCAGUUAUAUACUUUUUUUAUACAAUGUGAUUUUUUACGGUGAAUUUAGUAUAGAUUAUAUAUAAAAAAAUGCGUUUACGUAACCGAUUGUAGAUUAGAUGAUCUCCUGUUCAUUUAUUAAACAUAUAAUGUUAUAUAUGACAACGUAUAAGGUCGAAAUUUGAUAUCAUUUAAAUAAAACACAAACAAAAAAUGGUCAAAAAUGCGUGAAUAAUUUAAAUACUGAUGGAUUUGGGUAUAGACACGUCCAAAAAAUUCUUCAGUCAUUUUCUAUUUUUCAUCUACUUUAAUCCUUUUGUUUUCCCUGUACAUUCUCGCGUUUCACAGCCUCUAGAAAAUAGAAAUUCUUAGCAGACUUUUUAUGGUUUUUUAUAGAGAUCAGCAGAUCCUUUAAUCCUUUUUUUUUAUUAGAAUUUCCUAUUUGUAGUUUAGUUAUUUAAUUAUAUUUUUCGAUACCUGACGGAGUUUGUCAGCUCCCCAAGAUAACACCAUCAAAAAAAAUUUCAACAGGCACGAAAUCUACUGGAAACAACUUGAAACUGUUAUUAGUGAAUAUCUUACGACAGCAGUAUGAAUAUUAAAGAAAAUGUAUAGUGAUAUUCAAAAAUUAACCCCCUACGUAUUGAGUAAUGAAAGACAGGAACUAGUUAUAGGGUUAACUGAGUUAACUGAAAAUAUUUCACCAAUUUUUUCCAUAAAAAUAAUUUUCUAACAU